AUGGACUCGUUCUUCAACCUCUCGUCACUUAUCUACUCGUCCUCGCCUUCCUCUUCGCCCUCUCAGGAGAUGUCAACUCCUGUUGACUCUGAAACUGGAAGCGAUAGUGGCACGUACUGUGUCAUUGCUUGA